UACGAAUAGGUGUUAUAGCACAAUGUUGAAUUUAACAUUAUGUCGCCGUUUACCGAAUCUAGUAGCUACAUGCCACAACACAUGCAUCCGAACAUCAAGCCAGGCUUCUGUAUCUAUCCAGGAAAAUAUAAAAAAUAAACGAAAACUUGCGAAAUUGGGUGGAGGGCAGAAAAGGAUUGAUGCUCAGCAUAAGAAGGGCAAACUAACAGCUCGACAGCGAAUAGAGGUUCUGCUUGAUCCUGGAACCUUCACUGAGUACGACAUGUUCGUUGAACAGCGGUGUAUCGACUUUGGAAUGGACGCACCUGAAAACAAAUUUGCUGGUGAUAGUGUAGUGACAGGACAUGGACUGAUUAAUGGAAGACAAGCAUAUGUGUUCUCUCAAGACUUCACUGUGUUUGGUGGCUCAUUAUCAAGUGCUCAUGCUCAGAAGAUAUGCAAGAUAAUGGACCAAGCAAUGUUGGUUGGGGCUCCUGUUAUUGGUUUAAAUGAUUCAGGUGGAGCAAGAAUACAGGAGGGUGUGGAAUCACUUGCUGGUUAUGCAGAUAUUUUCCAGCGUAAUGUAAUGGCAUCAGGUGUUGUGCCCCAGAUCUCUAUGAUAAUGGGUCCAUGUGCAGGAGGUGCCGUGUACUCACCUGCACUAACUGACUUCACAUUCAUGGUGAAAGAUACUUCAUAUUUGUUCAUUACUGGACCUGAUGUUGUGAAGUCAGUUACAAAUGAAGACGUAACAUCCGAAGAGUUAGGUGGAGCGAAACCUCACACAACUGUAUCAGGGGUGGCUCAUAAAGCAUUUGAUGAUGAUAUUGAUGCGUUGUUACAACUGAGAGAAUUUUAUAAUUUCCUUCCAAUGAGUAAUAAAGACAACGCACCAAUUGUAUCCACAGAUGAUCCAAGCGAUCGCCUUUGCCCUCUACUGGACAACAUUAUACCACUAGAGAGCACCAAAGCUUACGAUAUGAUCGAUGUUGUUAAAUCAUUAUCAGACAACAAUUACUUUUGGGAAGUGAUGCCAAACUAUGCAAAGAAUAUUGUGGUUGGAUUUGCAAGGAUGGGUGGAAGGACUGUGGGGUUUGUGGGGAAUCAACCAAAAGUUGCUUCAGGGUGUCUUGACAUCAAUUCUUCAGUAAAGGGAGCUCGCUUUGUUCGCUUCUGUGACAGCUUUAACAUACCACUUAUAACGCUGGUUGACGUACCUGGAUUCUUACCAGGCACUGGGCAGGAACAUGGGGGUAUUAUACGACAUGGGGCCAAGCUCUUGUAUGCUUAUGCUGAAGCUACUGUGCCAAAAAUAACAGUAAUCACUAGGAAGGCAUAUGGAGGUGCAUAUGAUGUGAUGUCAUCUAAACAUCUUCGAGGUGACAUCAACUAUGCAUGGCCAACUGCUGAAGUAGCUGUUAUGGGGGCUAAGGGAGCUGUUCAGAUUAUAUUUCGUGGUAAAACAAACCAGGCAGAACAAGAGGCAGAAUAUAUUGAAAAGUUUGCAAACCCUUAUCCUGCUGCUACUAGAGGUUAUGUUGAUGACAUCAUAGAGCCACGAACCACACGUUCAAGGAUUUGUCGCGACUUAAAAUUACUUGCAAGUAAACAACAAUCCAACCCAUGGAAGAAACACGCUAACAUGCCAUUAUGAUGUCAUAACAUCUUCUUAUGAUGUCAUAACAUCCUCUUAUGAUGUCGUUACAUCCUCAUAUGAUGUCAUAAUCACACACGAUGACACAGUUUCCUAGAGUGCAAUUUUAAAAACUAUCCCUAUGUGAAAAAAAGAAUUUAAAUUUGUGUCCACGUCAUCACGUGACGUAAUAUUUUACUAGCUCAGCAAAUUUGAAUUAUGUUAAUCUUAUUGUUUUUAACUUAAGUCUUAUUGCAUCAUGUGAGUAUAUUAAUAAAUCAUUAUUGUCUGCAAAAUAUGGCACAGUGGGUGAUAUUGUUUGGUUUUAUUAGUUCGACCUAGUUCUUAUUCGGUUAGACUCCAGUUUGCCUAAAAUAUGUAGUGUAUGUAAAUGCGUUGUACUGUACCUUAUGCAAAUCAUUUAGCUAAAUUACAAAACUAUACAUUGCCACAUUAUUAAAAAGCCAUUUUACUGCGUUUUAAAUACACUCUGUGAAAGACAAUA